AGAAAUCAUGAAAAGGAAUUAUUCUAAUAAGAGGAGAAAAAAGAACAAAAUUUAAAUUUAAAUAAUUCAAAUGAUUUGUCAUAAAUCAAAAAAUGUCGAACUGAAAUACUCUAAAUAUUCACUAUAAGAUUUAUAUGUGAUACAAUUUAAAAAUUAUAAAAAAUACUUAGUUACUGAAAUAGUCAACAUGAGAAGUAGUGGUUUGGUUUUGUUUGCAUGCGCUGGACUCUUGUUUAGCGGUGGUGCCAUCUUGGGCGGAUCUGCAGCGUGGAGUCUGUUCCGGAUGUCGUAUUACUUUUGGACCUCAGACCUCGGCGUGGAGCUAUCUUCUAGCGUGCUCUUCAUAGCGGGCGCGCUACUGUGCCUCCCAACUUGUUGGCUGUCCACCCUUGUGCCUUAUUACCCUAAAUCUAUUUCUUUAUUGACUACCUUAAUGUCCCUAUUAAUGGCGUCAAUGUUCAUGAUAUCAUUGGGUAUAAGUUCGAUUACGGGCCUGUCGCGCGCUCUCCGCGAGCCGGCCGCUCUGAACGCGAGCAUGGCGCAGGCGAUGAUGCUGGAUGCCAUCGAUCCUGCGGUCCGAAGCUCUUUCGCUGCCAUGCAACUCGAGUUGAAGUGCUGCGGAGUGAAUUCUAACUUGGAUUGGUAUAAGCACCGAAGCUCGUAUCCUCCGGCGUGCUGCGGACGUGCUUCUAAUGAAAAGCGCGGGGAAAGGUGUGAUUUUCCCUUGUACCCGACGGGUUGCUUGCGUCCCGCCCUUAUUCAGCUACGGAACUAUGUGAACUCGCUGUCGGCUCUAGCAUCCGCUAUGAUCGUCUGCAUGGCGGUGACGUUGUUUACGGCAGCUUACACUCUAGUGACGGGGGUCGUGGAACGGGGCGAGACUCAUGUGUUCAAACCGCCGCAGCCGAUGUUCGCUUCCUUCACCGCGCCCUCUGUCAUUCCUAUUGCGACACACCAAAUGUGAACGAACGACAUCUUGGUCAGUUUUAAAUUUAAAAAAAAGAAUUAUGUAUGAUUAUGUAUCUGUGGAAUGAAUAAAUUUGGAGUUUGAAAUGCA